AUGUGGCGCCGCACAUACCUGUUUCUCCUGGUCGUCCGGCUGUGGUUUGCUCUGUCGCCGAGCUAUCUGCACCCUGACGAGAACUUCCAAGGCCCAGAGGUCAUCGCAGGCGAGAUUUUUAAGUAUCCCGUUCGGCUGACUUGGGAAUUCACGAGCGACCACCCGAUCCGAAGCGUCUUCCCCCUAUGGCCGAUCUACGGUCUCCCGAUGCUCCUCCUCCGGUGGCUAUGGAUAGGAAAUGGUAAAGACGGCGAAGUCCCUCCAAUCGCGGUGUUCUGGACUCUUCGAGCCCUCAUGUUCGUACUCAGCUUCGUUCUAGAGGACUGGGCUAUCCACGAGCUUGUCCAGUCGCCCCGGCAUCGCCGCGUCGCCGUUUUGCUUGUCGCUUCGUCAUAUGUGACGUGGACCUACCAGACGCAUACCUUCUCUAAUGCGAUCGAGACGCUGGUUGUCGCUUGGAGUUUAGUCCUGAUAGAACGGACUAUCGCGAUGCCUGUAAACACGCUACAAACUCCUCUCCUGGCACCCGCGCUGCUUGGAUCCAUGGUGGUGUUCGGCUUCUUCAACAGGAUAACUUUCCCGGCUUUCCUCCUUAUCCCUGGCCUUCGGUUGAUCCCUUACUUCUGGAGGAGGCCCCUCGCACUUAUGGCGACAGUAUCCUCAGCGCUCUUCACCGCAUUCAUUGCGAUUUCUCUGGACACGGCAUUCUACAGCAGCCAGCAGAUCUCAUGGACUGACUUGAUAUGGCACCCGAUAAUUACGCCCUAUAAUAAUCUCAUGUAUAACAUAUCUCCCUCGAACCUGGCGCAACACGGAAUCCACCCUUGGUAUCAACAUAUUCUUUUCAACAUCCCCCAGCUGAUUGGACCGGCGGCCAUCUUGCUGUUUACUCGACCGCACCUCUCGCUACGCCUCUACUCCGCGAUUUCAGGCAUAUCCGUGCUUUCAGUAUUCCAGCACCAGGAGGCUCGGUUCCUUCUUCCCACAAUCCCACUGAUCCUCUCAUCAGUCAGACUUCCACACCAGCAGAAGGUCCUACGGGUCUGGACUACGACAUGGAUCGUAUUCAAUCUUAUCUUUGGCACACUGAUGGGCAUCUACCAUCAAGGAGGCAUCGUUCCUGCACAGGUGUUUAUGAGCAAGCAAUCCGACGCAACGAGAGCAAUAUGGUGGAAGACGUACAUGCCGCCCAUUUGGCUUUUGGACGGCAAGGCUGAGACACUGGAAACCCGCGAUGUCAUGGGUAUGCCAGGCGAGGACCUUUACGCAGAGCUCACAAAUAUCGCUACGUGCGACGUCCCGGCGGACCGGCGAAACCAAGAAUACAAGAAGGAAUCCAACGGAACUUAUCUCAUCGCCCCUACAUCAGCUACGUGGUUGGACCCAUAUCUUGAGAACAAGGGUCUAGAGGGUCUGAGGUUUCGAGAGUUCGGCAUGUACCUCUUCUUUCCCAUCGCCUUCAUGGGAUAUUUCGGCGUCAACCUCGACGAGCGCUUCGCCGUCCCCGACUUCUGGCCCAAGCCCGAAGAAGCGAACAAAGUGCCGACAGAACGCGACGAGAUCAAGACCGAGCUUGAGAGGUUAAGGGCAAGGAGGCUCUACCUACGGGACAAGAGGCUGGCGGAGGAGGCGAGGGAGCAGGCCUUGAAUCCGCUGCAGGCGCCAGAGCAGAUACACGACCAGGAGCCUCAGGCGCAGCCUCAACAGGAGAAGAGAAGCUGGUGGUGGUAG